AUGGAGUCCAUCAAGCAAGGUGUCAACUACGUCGCUGAGACUGUUCAGCAGGCUACCGCUGGUGCUUCCAAGGAGGCCAACAAGGAGGUCGCCAAGGACGGCAAUGCCCCCAUCUCCACCCGCCUCAACGCCGCAGGCUCAGCUAUCAGCGACAAGGCGGAUGAGAAGCAACAUGAGGGAUCUGCUAACCUCCAUAAGGAGGCUGCCAAGCAGUAA